UUCCAUCUUUCCAAACUUUUUCCCCUGCGCUAUUAUUUUGUCAACGAGGAAAAGACGUCUUGUGUAAACUCUGCGUGAAAAUGCUGCGUCAGUAGAUUCAAUCAGGAAAGAUGUUGUUUUGCAUUAGAGAAUCUAUUACCUUAAAUGCGCACAGAGAAAAGUUAGAGGAAAUAUUUCGGGGAUUUUAACCGCGACAUCAUGCAGACACAGGGCGGUUAGUAAGCUAGCCGCUGCGCUCAGCAGCGCACUGAAAUAAAGCAAAUGGCUGUAGUUGGUUUAAUGCCACACUGUCUGACAUUAUGGCACAUUUUCCUCAAUAUCAGAGCUGUGUGUCUGUUUUCGCCCUUUUUGUGUGUCGGCUGCGGCCACAUGACGUUGCACUCCAGUCUAGGACGUUAUUGUAACGGUACCUCUGAUGAUACACCAACACACACAGGGAAAUAUGACAACCUUUGCAAUCUUCCUGCAAUGCAUCAAAGCCAAAGAGGAAAGUCAGCUGGCCUGGCCAUGCUCAGGAUCAAUGGUAAAGUGAUCCAUGGGCCCUCUACUGUUAAUGAAUGGAGCCCAUGUCUGUCUUCGGCCCCCGCUGGGCCUUGGAGUCACUCUUUUUACUCCUCCUUCACCUCCGUGUCAAACUUGUUGCAGCUCAGAAGGAGCAGAAGCACUCUCAUCAGCCACAGCCCUCCUCAGCCUCCUCCUCAGGUUCAGAAUUCGGUGCCUCCAUCAUCAUUCGGGGUUAAAUUUUCUAAGUGUGUCCAGGUGAAGCUCUACACCGAUCCCCCUCAGGUGACGUUCUUCCUACUGAUCCACAAUCAAAGCCCCUCAGGUGGGACCAACCUUUCUCAGAUGGCCAUACGAGACUCCAUUUCCGGGGUAACGCCCAUCAAAACUGAAGGCAGGGUCGUCGAAAGAGGCUACCAGACAUUUUCUAUCGAUUCCCUGCAGGCCGGAUCUCAUGUGGUUGUUAAUUAUACUGCUCACAUAAGAAGUCAAAAGAAUGAGCUCCUAGAUCUCCCUGCUUUCCUGACCUUCUGCAAUGCAUCACAGAAUGAUGUCCGUAUGUUUGGGCCACUAAGAGCCAAUCUGACUCUGAGGGUAAAUUCCACCGACAAGAUUUCUCCCAAUCAUGGAGUCCAUUUUGCUGGAUUUGUUGCUGGUUUCUUCAUCACGUUGGUGCUGCUAUUGUUGGGGGUUCUCAUCAUGAAAUUUGCUAGUCCCAGAGCCAGAUCCUGUCUUCUUCAGCAAAGGAGAUUCAGAUGUGAUUUGGAUCCUGAGUUUGCAGAGACCAGCUUGAUUGAGACCAUCAAAGAGGAAGCUGCAUUUGAGGACAAGAUGGUGGACAUCAUGGUGCUGGAUGAUCCACCAAAUAUGUACCAGGCUUUGGAUAACCUUGAAAUGUCUUCACUGGUUCAAGCCUCCAGUAACCUGGAGGCCAUCCGGAUUCAGAUUUACAAAGAUGUGACGUUCUGCCUGCUCGGUGGCCUGCGAUCGCGGGGCCAGGUCAGCGCCCAGGCCCAGCAGAGGUUGCUCAGUGUGGUCCAUGGGCAGCUGCUUGGAAUGGAGGGACGCCUGAAAGAGGAACAAGGGGUUCGCAUGGCUACUCUGGCUGGUCAGUGUAACCUGGAGACGCAUGAGGAAAUGGAAGCAGAGCAUCGCAGACAAGCGGCUGAAAAAGCCCAAGCUGAGCGACUUUGCCAGCAUGCAGGCCAGCAGGAGCUUCUCCAAUGCAGCAUCCUCCUGGAGAAGCUGCAGAAUUUGAGCCAGAGUCACCUACGGCGGAUCCUCUUGGUCCGACAUGAAGAGGCUUCAGCAAAGGUCCAGAGAGAGCUCAUCGAGUGGCGACGGGUGGAGCUGCACAAGAUCUUCUCAGAAGAACUGGAGGAGGCCACGAGGAUGGGCGAGUUAGACGGGAGCUCAGCCAAGAGACUUCAGCACAAGUACUUUGCAUGUCAGGAUCAGCUGGAGGAAGUGCUGGAUGUGGCUGUUGCCAAUCAGCGGUACAUCCUGGCUGAACGCAGCGCUCAGAGGAAGUUCCUGGUGCAAAGCCUCCACAGCCUCGAUGUUCUGAUCUCCGACACCUUCUCCAGCACCUCCAGCAACUUGGAAAGCUGGUUCUCCCACAUCAGGAGGGGGAGCAUUGUACCAUCAGAACAGCUGAAUCAGCUGCAAGAAAAGGCCCAGAAGGAGCUUGUUAUGGUGAAGCAAAGACUGGAUGAGACCCUGAACCAAGAAAAGAGAGCAAUGCGUUGCGGACUAAUUAACAAGAGGAGAGGGCUCAUCUCAGACAUGUUGAAGGUCCACAAGCAGAGACAGAGCGACUUAUCCAGCACUACUAAAGGUCUGGAAGAGAACAUAGAUGUAGCAUACCAUCUGCAGUGUUGGCAGAACCUACUGACAGCGCACAGCCUGGAGCUCGCAGAACUCAUCAACAAUCUGGACGAGGAGGCUGCUGCUGACAUCCGCAAGGUGACGAUGCGAGGGAUUCAGAGUGUGAUAGCCGAUGUGAAAGCCAUCCAGCCUUCCGCUGCACAGGCCUUGUUGACACUCUUGCCGCCGGGUGCUAAACAGCCCAUGCUGCCCAUACAGCCCAUCCUGGAAGCAGAGGUGGGGUCAGAGAAGGCUGCAGGGCAAGGGCCCAGUGCUCUACUGCAGGGCCAGGAAAGGCUUCACCAGGAAGGUAAGGCAGCACUGCGAACCCUCAGCUGCACCAGGGAGUCCCUGCAGGAAAGCAUGGAGCAAGAGCUGCAGGAGCAGAAGGAACUCAGGGCUCACUGGAGAGAGUUCUUCAGGUCUCUGUGUUCAUCUCAGCUGACGCUGUCUGAGGAUGACAGGCUGAGGAUGAAGCUGGAGUUCCAGAAGAGUCUGUCCCUAAUAGACCGCUGCUUGGUGCUGCCUCACGCCACCUCCAGAGCCAAACUCCACACUGCUCUGGCUGUGUGGAGAGCAAAAAGUGAAGAGGAGAUGGUAAUGGAGGAAAUGCAGAGAGAGAGGAAAGUUUAUCUGCUCUGCCAAGCGGACAGCCUUGCAAUGCAGAUGGCUACCAUCAUCUUUCAGAAGGCUGAGAGGUGGACCAAAGUGUUGGAGACAUCCAAGGCCAUGGUCACCCUGCAGAGCCUGCUCAUUCAGCAGCUCACGGAGAGAAAAAUCCCAGAUCUUCAGGAUAUGGCUCCCAGCAUACACAGUCACUGCUUGAGCCUCAAAGAAGCAGAACAACAGCUUCAGGCAGACAGGACAGAGCUGGACAGACUACAGAUGUUUCCGCUUGGAGCAAUGCCUCAUGAAACCCAGGAAGAGGGCAUUGAGGGACAGGAGGCCAGUGAAGAUGAUGUGUUUGAGCUUCGGCCAGAUUACAGCAUGACCUCCAUUCUUCAGGAGGCUCUUCACAAGUGUGAGCAGGUCACUGCCUUGGCCUUUGAAAGGUUUCAAGAGAUUACCAUCAACGAUCAAGAAAAAGAAGAAUUAAAAGAGCAAGUUGAACUUAAAAGACUUUAUUCAAACUGUGAUCAGGAUCUGGAGUUUGCCUCUCAGCUGCUAAAGCAGAGUCGUCUCUCUGGUUCUAUUCUCUCUGAGGUUCUGCGCCUCCUUCUUCCAAGUUUGCCCGAAAGUGAACUUCUUUCAAUCAGCGACGCCCUCUGCCGCAAACAACGUCCCGUUUCAGUUUCUGCAGAGGAAGAUCGCUCCGGAUGUGCUGGGGAGCAGAACAGAGUCAUUCCUGUCAGACUGAGGGAAAUUCUGCUGCAGAAAAACAGCACAGAUGUGCAACAUGGUGCUGUGGAGAGAGAGAGGCUUCGGGUAAAGAUGCGCAGUAUGGUGGAAAAGCUGCUCCCCAGGUCCCGUCUGGAUGCUGGAUCGUUGCAGGCUGGGGACAGAGGAAAGAAGGACCUAAAUACAAACGGCCAGCAGCCUGUUUUAAAGCCUGCCACCUUUGUUCGGCAGCUGCAGAGUGACACAGCGAGAGCUGUGACGGAAGCAGAGAAUUGCCCUGAUGAGGAAAAGGAGACCUCCGCCUGCAACGCACCGGGGAGAGAGCGCCUGUUUGUGUUUCGGGAUCCACCGGAAUCUGAUAAUCCUGCCGUCGUCCCGAAAAGGAAAAAGAAGAGAAAUUUUCUCAAUCUUAAGAAAGGUUCUGUUGCUCCUGCAACAUGAGACUCUUAUGCAAUAUCUCUUAUUCUGUUCUCUUGUUGUAAUUUUAUGAUUCUAAGGAAAUCACCAAGAAAUUGAUAGUUUUAUAUAAAUCUGCUUAUUUUUGUACCAUUUUUAUAUGUAUGUAUUAUCUUGCUUUUUUUCAAUUAAAGGCAGCUGACGUUUCACACCUGAUGUCUUUUGUAUUUCCUCUUCAAGAUGUUCAGAUACAGAAACAUUUGGAUGAAUUGGAAUAUUCACAGAAGAUUAAUUACGUAUAACUUGCAUAUAGACUUCCUAUUUGGAGGGUUUCCACCAAUAAUUUUUUUCUGAUUAUUCUGCCUAUAAUAAA